AUGCUUGGAGUGCCCAAGCAAACCGUUUCAAAGGCCGUAAAGCGAUUCAGGGAGCUUGGCCACGACGGUGACCGUCCGAGGAAGGGAAGGAAACGCACCGUCAACACUACUCGGAAUCGGAAGAUCAUCAAACAACGGGUUGAAAGGAAUUCGUUGGUGUCCAUGAGGAAAGUGGCCAAGGAAACCGGCCUAGCCCGUGAAUCUGUUAGGCGUAUAGCCAAAGAGCAUCUACAGUUAACGCCUUACAAGCUCCGAAAAGGUCAAUUGCUCACAGAGAAAAAUAAGCAGGUACGGCUUGAAAGAUGUAAGAAUCUCAUCCGUCGGCACGCAGGUAAGAACUCAAAUGAAAUUUUAUUUUCAGAUGAAAAACUGUUUUCCAUUCAGCAGACCUACAACCCUCAAAAUUCUCGUCGUUGGUCCUCAGACCGUCCAAAAGAGGAUGCCAUUGUUCCCCGACGCCAAUACCCCCAGUCUUUGAUGGUAUGGGCAGGGAUCUGCGCCUCGGGCAAAACUCCCUUAAUUUUUGUUGAAAAAGGCGUUAAGAUCAACGCAAAAGUGUACCAAAAGGACAUUUUAGAAAAGGUGGUAUUGCCAUGGUCUGCUGAGCACUUUGGCCAGCGUAGAUGGACUUUUCAACAGGAUUCGGCCCCGGCACACAGCUCAAAAUCCACUCAAGAUUGGAUUCGGGCCCAUUUCCCGGAUUUUAUCCCUUCGAAGGAAUGGCCCCCCUACUCUCCCGAUCUCAACCCAUUGGAUUAUUCGAUUUGGUCGAUCCUUGAAGCCCGAGCUUGUAGCAAGCCCCAUGACAAUAUCGAGUCUCUGAAGGCUUCACUCAUCAAGGAAUGGAAGCGUUUGACUGCGGAAGAGGUGCGUGCCGCGGCCCUCAACUUCACCGAACGCUUGAAGCUCUGUGUCGGCGCACAAGGUGGCCACUUCGAAACUACUUAG